GAGUUCCGCACCUUCGCGACCAUGCUCCUGCAGAAGUUCCUUACGGCGGAGCAGGCCUUCAAGGGACUCGACAUCUCCGGCGAGGGGGUCAUCACCAGGAACGAGUUCGAGAUCGCGGCGAGAGGCAUCCGCUGGGGCGGCGACGCCAAGGCCGUGUUCCGGGAGAUGGACGUCAACAGGAACGGCGUCCUCACCGCGCAGGAGUUCGCCCGGCUGGCGCGGCUGCCCCGCGCGGAGGAGUCGCUAGUGGAGAAGUUCCGGUUGAAGACCAGCAAGGAGAGCGCCGCGAAGACCGAGGGGCCGCAGCGCGCCAGAGAUCCGGCGCUUGCCGCCGUGCUCUCCACCGUCGAGCUGCGGACCCAGGGCCUCGCGGCGCCGGCCGCGGACACCGGCGCGCUGGGGGAUCUGCUCAAGCAGGCCGCGAGCGCCUAUGCGCCCGCCUACGCCGCCUUCAAGGCGCCCCCGGCCUCGAUCGCCAGGCGGAGCAUCCAGGAGCACCUCGUGCCGGAGGCCGACGCCUUCAAGUCGAUGUACGAGCUGGACCCGAUCAGGCAGGUGGACUCCGACCUGGAGCUGCUGCUGGCCCAGGCCGAGCUGGCCCAGGAGCGCCUGAUGGAGGCCGUGCUGAGCCUGCCCGCCGGCAGCGGGGCCGACUGGCCCGCCGGAGAGGCAUACUCGAAGCCCGCCCUCUUCCCCAUGGCCCUCUUCGCCCACAACCCGGGGGUGAAGGCGCAGGCCGCCGCGGAGGUGAAGGCGUACGUGCUCUACGGCCCGACCGACGGGGCCCAGGCGGGUCAGCACGUGCUCGACCUCGCACGCCUCUCGGUCGUCUUCGCGAGCUGGGACCUGCUCGAGUCGGGGGUGCAGCGCGCCAUGGAGCACCUUGACGUGCUGCAGGUGCGAUGCCAUGGCCGCUCGCAGGUCCACGACUGCUACGUGGAGGUGCUGGUCGCGGACCAAGAACCGCCAGUUCACCACCGACAGCAGCUCGAGGAAACAUUCGCCGCGCAGGUCCAGACUCGUGCCGCUGAGUUUGAAACCAUCGCCAAGUCUAUCGUGGAGUCCGCCUGCUCACAGCUCCUGCCUUCCAUCACGUCCAUCGCCGCGGAAUUCAACACCAAGCAUGAACGAACCAAGAGAGACCUGCAGGACACCAAAGCCAGAACAUCAGCCACAGAAGUGGCCACUCGAGAACUACGAGAAUCAGUCAACAAGCUCCAGACGACCGAGGCCCAAGUCAAAGGCGACCACAUAUCCUUGAAUACCACGGGCAUCAGCAAGCGCCACAGCUUCACCCGCACUGGCGACACAGCGCUCAAGUACCUGGGUAAUCUCAGCAACCAGCGCCUGGACCACUACACCCUCCGCCUGCGCAUGAGCCCGGCUACAUCUCGUGCCAGAAUGAGGUUCAGGUUUGACUGCAUGUGGGCAGUACUCCUAAUGGGCCAGCUGCCAUGUGGGCACGACCAUGCGCCAAACAACAUCCGCACCGCCUUCGAGUCCGGCUUCUUCGACGCGCUGGCCUCCGCCCAGCGCCAGCCCCCCGUGAUCGACAUGAGCGUCGCCCUCCUGAACGCGCAGGCUCACCACGGAGCAGCGGAUCCACGGCUCCAAGCGAAGCGCCGCCCACGCCGGCCUCUGCCUCGCCAGCGGACUCUGAUCGCGCUGCUGGAGACGCGCGGCACGACCAUCGACAUGGACAUCCUCGCGAGAUCCAAGCAGCACAAGUACCGGGCCUUCCUCUCCGGCUUCACGAACCUCACCUCGGUUGGCGGCCGCGAUUUCUUCGACCCCCCCGACCAGGUCGAGCCGCGCCGCCCACCCGAAACACGACCACUGCGGUCUUUAGCAGAGGUCGCUCAAGGGCGAGCAGCAUGGCUCAGUUUUGCGGGCGCCACUCGCACACGCGACAUCCACGCGUCGAACAACCACAUCCACGAGCUGCCCCCGAGCGACAGAGAAGCGAUUCGUCAUCAAUGGCGCCAGCUUUUUAAUCGCGCUGCUGAGGACCCUCUCAUGCGUUCCACCCCCUUGCUGGGCGACUUCAACAUCCCCGAGCACGCCCCCAAGAGCACCGACGCGCCGAUCAACUUAAACGCGAUCGACGCCGCCCGCCGCACCAGCGUCGCAUUGACCUCCACCCCCAACGCCGAGCUCACAGCGCAGACGGGCAGUAUGAGCAAGGAGGUUCGCGGCAUGAAACUCCGCGGCAUCGACAGAGACUUUCGGCUCCUGGACCGCAAUCUCGCGAAGACACUGCCCGACAACACCGACAUCGGCCGCAAGUACGUUGCGAUUGAUGGCGCCCCAGUUCUGUUGACUGACUUCAUUGCCUUCGCGGCAAAGACCACUGGGGGCAUCCACGAGCCAACGCGCCCAGCACCCGACAGCCCCGACGAACCCGACAUAUGGCGCGACCCCUCGGACCUGCAUCGAGACGCACAACGACAUCGAGCCGCUGCUCUCCGCCACGCUCUGGUGAACUGCUUCCAAGACGAUCACGGACUGGCACAACUGGCACUGCGCGCAGCACGACUUGGCUCGCGCCCGCCUCAGCAUUGCCACCGCUGA